CGUCACCAUCGUUGCACAGUACAAAUCAUUGUCAUCUUUCCUGCUCGCCCGAAGCUUCUCCGUCCUCAGCUCCACCUUCCCUCCGAAGCAACUACCACCGCCGCAUCUAGGUCUCGGAGCAAGCCCCACUCCACUCAUCCCACCUCCUCGUCGGAUGAUCGCCGCCGGCACAGCCUCGAUGGGCCGUGCCGCCACUCCAACAACCCCCGGGUCCCAGUCCCGGUGGCCGCGUGCCGUGGCGAGGCUCCGCCUGGCGCUCCGUCCCCCAGCCGCGGAGAGUGGUAGCAGCGGGCGCUGGAUGGGCUGCUUCAGGCCGGCGCCGGUGCCCGCGCCGUCAGCAUCGGCGGUUGCGGUGGCGGUGAAGGAGGCGAAGCGGAAGGGGCCGGAGGUGGAGACGGAGCCAGCGCGCGGCGGAGGGGAGGACGUCUGGAGCGCUCAGGCCGAGGUGGAGGUAGAGCAGGGCGGGGUGUUCCCCGAGCAUCUCGUCGUCAUGGUCAAUGGCCUCGUGGGGAGCGCGGAUGACUGGAAGUUUGCCGCACAGCAGUUCGUGAGGCGGAUGCCACACAAAGUGAUCGUUCAUCGGAGUCAAUGCAACUCUGCUACACAGACAUUUGACGGAGUCGACUUGAUGGGGGAAAGGUUAGCGAACGAGGUUCUAUCAGUUGUCGAGCAAAGAAGAGGCGUGAAGAAGAUCUCAAUCGUGGCACACUCUCUAGGCGGUCUUGUUGCCAGAUACGCUAUUGGAAGGCUUUAUGAACGCAAUAUCAGCAUUAAAUCUCCUGUUGGGAACAGCCGAAAUGAAGGUGAACGAUUAGAGGGUCUCAUUGCCGGCUUAGAACCUAUGAAUUUUAUAACCUUCGCAUCACCACAUCUGGGUUCAAGUGGAAACAAACAGCUCCCUUUUCUAUGUGGCUUGCCUUUCCUGGAGAGAAGAGCGUCAGAAACUGCACAUUUGCUUGUUGGAAGAACUGGAAAGCAUUUAUUCCUUACAGACAGUGAUGAUGGAAGGCGACCACUUCUUCUUCAAAUGGUUGAUGACUGUGAUGACAUAAAAUUCAGAUCAGGAUUGCGCUCUUUCAAACGACGUGUGGCAUAUGCGAAUGCGAAUUUUGACCAUAUGGUGGGGUGGAGAACAUCAUCAAUCCGGCGUCAACACGAGUUGCCAAAACACCGACUUCUUGUUCGUGAUGAGAAGUAUCCACAUAUUGUUCAUGUUGAUAGAGGAAUUACAAACAGUAAUGAAACCGAAGUCAAUGCUAAUCUCUAUGACCCGGAAGAGGAGAUGAUAAGAGGCCUGACACAAGUACCGUGGGAACGUGUUGAUGUGAGCUUCCAGAAAAGUGGUCAAAGAUUGGUUGCUCAUAACACCAUACAGGUGAAGAGCUAUUGGCUUAACUCAGACGGAGCUGACGUUAUCAACCAUAUGAUGGAUAAUUUUCUUGCCUAGUUCAUGAAUUCUAGAGUGCACUGCACCAAUAUUUCUGCUGAUUUUCUUUACAAGACAGUUCAAUUUUCCAUAGGCAAUUUGACCUUGUAGGUUAUACAUUCUUUUUUUUGUUCCACCCAAGUUCCAAUAUUGAUUCUUUAGGUUUUAUGUGCUCCAGAUGCAGGUUAGACUCCAGCCUUUUUUUUUUCUUUCUGAUCCACAUUCCUCGCUGUCAACAAAGCUCCAAAGUGUAAUUAUAAUCUGCCCCUACCUUUUUUUGUAUUAGUGAAGUGAGCAUACUUACAUCAGUUA